UUUGCGCGGGGAGGUCUGAUUGCGCGGUAUAUUUUGUUUUUGUAGCUGUGUUUCGGUUUCGUAAGUCUGGAAAUUAGCAUGCUCUAAAACUAUUCUAGUAGACUUCCGUUCAGUUUUCAUUUCUUUGAAUACUUUAAAAAAAGUAAAAUCUAAUAAGGGAUUAUAUUUAUCCGAGACGUGAUAUUUCUUACGAAUGAUAAAUACAAUUAUUUAUUAAUUUUUUGUAGGAAAGAAUGGAAAAUAAUUUUGAACAGUGGUUAACAGCAAUUUGUUUUGAACAUGCAUGUAAGCAUGAGAUGUCGGCGACUGUAAAGUAUAUUCUUGAUGAUGAAGAUAUAGCAUCUAAAAUAUUACUUUGCUGCUCAAAGACUAAAAUUGAAAAUUCUGAAGCACCAGCAAUCAAACCCGUAUUUUUAUUAAUAUAUUUUCUUAGGAAAUUGCUUCAGUCAUUAGACAGUUUUGCUAAAGAAAAAAAGUAUUUUAAUAUUCUAUGGAAUCCCAGAGCAGUGACUUUAACUAUACAGUUAUUAGAAUCGAUCUACGUGAAGAAUAAUUUUAUAUCUCUGAAAAAAUAUUUUACUCUGAUUUCUGAACUAAAACUUCUUGAUUUAUUAAAUUUAAUCCAAGAAAAUGCUGAUUCCUCCCACAUAAUUCAGAAGCUUAAUAAGCAUUUUCCUCGAUGGAAUACUAGCUAUAAAUCACUUAUUGAAAAAGAUUACUCUAUUGAAAACCCAAAAAUUCUUGUCAAAGUUGAAGAAAGUCAUACACAGUGCCGUAGAUUAGUCUUAAAACUUGCUGUAGACCAAGUGUACCGAAGAAAUUACAUGUUGGAAGAAUAUUCAAAUGAUGUGGAGAAACUGAUUUCAGAAUCCAAACUAUACAUAACAGAUGUAAUUACAAGUUUCAUAAAGCAUGCUGGUUCAUCUGUAUUAGAAAGGGUUAUGAGUGGAGAUGAUGAUCUGUGUCAGUCUGCUAGUUUUGAAAUGCAAUUGCUUCUAGAUUAUUUCCAAGAUGACAUGUCUGAUGAAGAAUUACUGAAGCUUCUCCAAGAUCUUAAACCAACUAUGCAUUCACAGCCAACUUGUGGUUUAGUAUCAUGUCUUAGGCCAAUAGAUACAAUGAGUGAAAUGACUGAUUCAUGCCCUGAAAUGGAUACCGAAGAAAGCUCUGAAGAUGAAAGUUCACAAAGCAUUGGAACUCCCAAGUCUUUCAUGUCUGCAUUACCAAGAGACACUCCUAGAAGCUGAGGAGGUACAACACUGUUUGUAUUGCUAGUGGAUGUCAAUGAAUAUUUCCUGUUGCUGUAUUGAAAUUCAUGCAUUAAAAACUGUUGUUUAGAUCAUAUAUUCAAA